UCACGGAACGGAGUGAGUAACUAUUUUAUACACGGGAAUCUGCUACGCAAAAGACAGAGCUAUCAAAGAGAUGGCUGACCGUUACUUCCCAAACACCAUGCUUGUCUUCGUCGAUGAAACUACAGUCCAACAAUCAUUUCCCGAAGGAGCAAAAGAUCCACUGUCGAAGCUUCUUCAUUUGCCCUAUAGAACCGUUUGUCAGAAGCUCAAAAGUGCUGCUCAGGACCUCAAAGAAACGAUUGUGAAGGAAACAUGGGUAUGUAAAGGGGGACGUGUGAGUGACUAUACACUUUAUACCGGAGCUUUGGGAACUGCUUUUUUGCUAUUUAAAGCUUACCAAGUUACUCGUGACAACAAUGAUCUUGCUCUCUGUUCUCAUAUUAUCAAGGCUUGCGACUCUGCUUCCCAUGGUUCUGGCUGCAGGCGUGUGACCUUCAUAUGUGGACAGGCUGGUGUUUAUGCUCUUGGUGCAGUUGUUGCCAAACACAGUGGAGAUGAACAAUUGUGCGACCACUAUCUAACAAAAUUCAAAGAGAUUGAGCUUCCUAAAGAUCUUCCAAAUGAGUUGUUGUAUGGGAGAGCUGGUUUCUUGUGGGCAUGUUCAUUCUUGAACAAGAAUAUUGGUAGAGAUACAAUAUCUCCAACCCAAAUUCAAGCAGUUGUUGUUGAGGUAAUAAAAUCCGGACGAAAAAUGGGGAAAGGAAGAUGUCCUCUAAUGUAUGAAUGGCAUGAAAAAAAAUACUGGGGUGCUGCUCAUGGGCUGGCUGGGAUAAUGCAUGUACUUAUGGACAUGGAACUGAAAGCAGACGAGGCCGAGGAUGUGAAGGCCACACUGCGUUACAUGAUCCGAAAUCGUUUUCCCAGUGGAAAUUACCCCUCAAGUGAUGGAAGUGAAUCUGACCGACUUGUGCAUUGGUGCCAUGGUGCUCCAGGUGUUGCCCUUACUCUAAUCAAAGCAGCUGAGGUAUGGAAUACUACUAAUUGGUGAUACUUUUUCUAGUAAUUGCAGUAACAGAGUACUCUUGAUGGUAAUUUAAUGGUCCUAUUAACUCCUUUUUAACACAUGAGAGGAAAUCCCACCGUGAGCCUGGAGUGAUUUUCUGAUAUUUGAGGUUGCACAUAUUAGGC